ACGGUCAGUAAAUACAACUCUCAGUACCACAAACUGUUCCAGAUCGUCCCCCCAGAGGAGAUCCUGAUGAAAGUGUACUCGUGUGCGUUGUUGAGAGACAUCCUGCUGCAGGGGCGACUCUACAUCUCCAGGAACUGGUUGUGUUUCUAUGCGAACCUGUUUGGUAAAGACAUCAAGGUUUGUAUUCCCGUGGUUUCAGUUCGUCUGGUGAAGAAGCACAAAACCGCCGGUCUGGUGCCGAACGGACUCGCCAUCACCAUGGACACUGGACAGAAGUAUGUCUUUGUGUCCCUGCUGUCCAGAGACAGUGUCUAUGACGUCCUGCGGAGGAUCUGCACUCACCUGCAGGUCACGUGUGCUUCGUGAAGACAGGUGAGCGUCCUCUCUGUCUGUCUCUGUCAGGACGAGUAUCCAGAGGUGUUGAAGUGGAGGAGGAAACCGUCGCUUCCCGCCGUCUCCUCGUCCCUCCCAGACCUGCUGGGAAACUCCUCCCCCAGCCUUGCCGCCGACACGCCCUUCAGCACGCACACGCUCACGCUGACCGACAGCAGCCUGGAGACCGAGAAGAUCCUGCUGACAGAACCGGUUCCUGAACUGGGUCACGUGGAGUACCAGCUGCUCAAACUCUUCAUCCUGCUUGUCUUCCUGCUGGUCCUCUCCUCCUGUUAUCUGGCCUUCAGAGUCUGUCGUCUGGAGCAGCAGCUCAGUUUCCUGAGCAGCCAGCCGACGCCGAGAGAAAGGUGCGGAGAGGUGCCCUGUUGGCUGGCCAAUCAGAGGACAGGGACCUGACACCGCAGCCAAUCAGAAUGAAGAAGUAAAAUCUGCACUUACAUAGACUUGUCAUUAGGGGGUGACGGUGAGAGGAGACAGACGAGCGGAGCGGCCGUCAGCAGCUGACCUGUGACCCCGCCGUGACCUGGUUACCAUAGAGACGUCACAGUAGUCAAACAGUAGUCUGACCUCUGACCUUUGACCUCUGAGGCUGAAGAAACAACCAGAGACUGAACACAGCGUCCGACUCUCACCGAUGAAGAAUCCGUUCCAGUGACGGAGCUGAAGCGUUUCGCUUCCGUGUUUUCCAUCGUGCUCCUGAACGUCACACAGCGAAGCUCUGUGAUUGGACGGUUCAAACUGUGUCGCUGUGUUUCUGAAGCUGUGAAUGAAUCCAGUUUUUAAUAAACUCACUGAUCUGAAGUACAAA